CGCUCCGUUCACAUAAUGGAUAACGGUCGCCAGUGCACAUGGCUGUCGUACCGCCGAACGAGACGUCUUAUUCUAACGCUCUCUUCAAACAGCUCUGGUGGCCUGCGUCCUGCUGUCCUCGACAUUGUGUCGGGCUGCUAAGUUGGGCUGUGACCGGGACACAAUGGAAAAGUGCAGUGCGAGCCUCUUCUUUUUCGCCAGUGGUCCUCACAUACCUGUUGGCGCCCAGGAACUCGCAGAAACUUGCAAGUCCGACGAGAACGACAUCAAGUGCCUACAGGAUUACAUCAAGAACUGCCUCAACGGCAUCUCCAAGGGAAUGGUGCAGCUCAUAUUUGAUGGCAUCACUGCGGUAACUCAGGAGAAGUGCACCGUCGGACAUCCCCAACACGCUAACUACCUGAAGUACGUGGUAUGCAUGAACACUAUCGGACCGAAGAUACACCAGUGCAACAGAAACAUCACCGCCAUCCUGGAGACGAGCUCCGAGGUCGCACAGCAAAAGCACAAGAUUGGCUACGCCUGCUGCACGUUCGCGACAUACAAGCAGUGUGUCCAGGACUCUAUUCGAGGAAGUUGCUCGGAUGACCACAUCGAUUACGCCGAAGGCAUCGUGCAACAGUACGCGGGCGAGAUCCUGGACGCCGUGUGCACAAAGUACCGACCGGGUGAAGAGGGCUGCAAAUCGCUGCCGGUCAUUGACCCCGUCCAGAAACCAAAGACAAAGUCUAUGCUGCCGCCGCUAAGCGAUAUUCUGAAGACGUUUGGCUAAGUGGCGGGAAACAUCUGGCAGCCAAAGGCAAGGUGUGGGACUGCAUUGCUGUAACUCGCUAUCGGGCCUAAUACUACCACAAGUUCUCGAUAGUUUGACUCCACUGCUACAAGCUGCCGAACAAAGCGUAGAAAAGAUUAUGUGUUUGUAAUGAUGCCUGUCUUCCAUGAGUAUUGUGUGGGUGUUGAGCAAAAUGCUGCGAUACAGUUUAUGACGCUGUUGGUGCAGAUGGGAAAUCCAGCUGGCUUCUUGACAGCGCAAAUAUAGAGAAGAAACAAGGAAGGCAGGGAUGAUACUGAAAAUAAGCUAGUCGAAUUAUUUCUGCGUUUUUGCGUUGAGUGUACGUAAGUUUCCUUUAUAGAAGAAUUCCAUGCCACUUAAAUGCAAUCGUUCCUUUAAUUGAAUCUACUGCUUUUUUAUCAUUCAUUGCUCAGAACCAGCCGCUUACGGUGAUAAAAGAUUCACUAAUCGCUAAAGGGAGUAACAUUUAUGUAGAAUGGUUACUUUAAUGCCGACGCUUAAGUACUGCCUAAAGUGCGAAACGAUGUCAUAAAGUAUUUGCGGGCUUCCUUUAGUUCCAACUGGUGCCGAGUUCGUUUGCUUUAAUAUUCUGCUGUAAUAAUAUGCUAUGAUCCUAUGCAAACAUUAUACGCUAUUAUUUUUCUCAGCAGAUGUUUAUUUGCUUAAAGCUCAUUGGGUUAAAUAUGCUCAGAACAGACAAGUUUUUUUCUCUUUUAUCUUGCCACUUUUCACAGCAGAGGCAAAAUAUCUAUUUCAUCACUUCGAGAUAAAGCAAGGUAUGCUAUUUCUGAGCAAUAAAUAGACACAGAAAGUUAAGUAAUAAGUAUUAUAUCAGGAAUUAUUUUCAUACUGCUACUGCCUCUAGUUCCCACUCUUUUCUCAGAGAGUGAAAACCAAAAAUUCUUCACUAAAGCAUAUCAGAGCAAAUGGACAUCUAUGGGACACAACGCUUUACUUUAAUGGCUGAAUGAAUCAACACAAGCAUUUCUGUGAUAACUUCAAUUAGCCGAUUCAUUUAUUACCAAUACUAUAAUUUCGUAAUAGUGUUCGUUUUUGUCGGGUUGUGUAUUCAUACUCAUGACAUGUGUUUGUUUCGUGUCUUAGGGAUGGGGAAGUGUUCUUUCUCGGUAGUUUUGGUUGUGCUGAAAACAAGAAAUAACAAAAAUAAAAAUUCCAGAAUUACUUUCAAGUGUGAAUUUUAUAUUUCCUGAAUAAAAGAGUAUAAAUGAA